GCCCGGCGCAGGUGAUGUCGGCGAUGAUGACGACGGCGCGGGUGACUGACACGAGCAGCAGCCCCAUCAAGAGCUCCACUGGCGGGGAUGCCACCCCUGGGAGAUGGGGGCAGGCCAUGUGUUCCCCCUGCCAUGCUCAACCCCGCCUCACCUACGACGCCCGAGACAAAGACUACCAGAAUUUCCUGGCCGGGCAGGAUCUGACCCGGGCGAAAAAGGAGUUCCCAGGGGUGUCCCUCUCCCCCCUGGCUGUGCGCAAUCUCAACCUUCCCACCAUUACUCUACCGCGCCUGCAGGCUCGAUUCAGGUGACUCGCACGGUCACCAAUGUGGGAGGGGCCCAGUCCACAUACAGUGUAUCUGGGAAGGCGCCAGCAGGGGUGAAGGUGACAGUGGCGCCUAAGAGCCUCACGGUUGGUGCCGGGCAGAAGGCGAGUUAUACUCUGACGUUCACUGUGGAUACACCCAGCAAGGACUUCAAGUACGGGUAUAUAGUGUGGGCGGAUGACCAGGGCCACAGCGUGCGGUCCCCCCUCGUGGUGCAGCCACUCUCGCGCUAAAGGGGGAGAGGUGAGUGCUUGCUGCUCUUGCAGUAAGGGCAUGGGUGCUGUGCGGUGCUGUCCUGGCUGCUAGUGGUGCGGCUGAUGCUACGGCUGGGAGCGUGUAGUGGGUCAUUGGUCCGAAAUGUGAUGGAUGGACACGGGGGUUCAGCCAGGCAAGGGCAAGGGUUGGUUCGUGCUGGCAGCCUCACAUGUUACAGGGAUGACCUCCGUCCCUGGCCACGUGAAGACCCUGCUUUUAGGCUCCAGCCGGUUGAGGCUAUUGCCUACAUGUUAGGAUGCGACCGUACCACCUGUAUACAUGGUGCCA